AUGCUUCAGUCUUCCUCCUCCCCCUCCUCCCCCCUCCUCGACCUCCCCUCCGACCUCCCCAGAGUCGAGAUCUUCCCCCGCAAGAAGCAAGGCCAGAAGUCCCUCUCCAAGCGCCAGGGCGUCAGCUUGACCUUGACCGACGUCCAAGGGAUGUUCCAUCUCAGGCAGUCAGAGGCUGCCAAGCUCCUGGGCAUCUCCCUUACCGCCAUGAAGUGCGCAUGCCGUAGGAUGGGGGACCAGCAUCAUGCUGCUGGAGCGAGCACGGAGAUACCGGCUACCCCCGGCUGGCAUGAGGGAGACACUUACCAGCACUCUGACAAGGAUCUCUUUAUGUCACCCAGCAAUUCUCAGUCUGAACUGUAUGGAGCCGGAGGAGGAGCCGCUAGAGAGGGAGUGGAUCGAGUGGUACAUGAAGACACCGGAGGUUGGGAGCGAGGAGACACUGACGAUGUCAUGACAAGAGGAGGUUCUGCUAUUCAUGGCACUGGGGUUGGUGGAUACAAGAAGCUCGAUUUGAGUGAGAUGGAAAUGUUGGAUCGUGCGGGGCUUGUUGGAAACUAG